CUGUUUUCUUUUUACUUUUUUUCUAUUGUGAACUUUUUCACAUGCAUUAAUGAAUAGUUUAUAAAAGGAGCUCAGUCUUCUUUUUUUAGAAAAAUAUUCCUGGAAUCGAAUCUAAUUUUGUUUGAUUAUGUUGUCAUUGAAAGGAAAUCAAUUUUUUGGUUUUGCUAAAGCCGGUAUUAGUUUGACGAGAUUUAGCACAACUACAUCGAAACAAAACGGUGUUAAGACUGCGAUUUUAAUGUUAAAUAUGGGCGGCCCACAAAGCACUGAUCAAGUGCCUGAUUACCUGUUACGUAUUAUGACUGAUCGCGACAUGAUACAAUUGCCGGUUCAAAGUCGUUUAGGUCCCUGGAUUGCUCAGAGGCGAGCUCCGGAAGUUCAAAAAAAAUAUCAACAAAUUGGUGGCGGUUCACCUAUACUGAAAUGGACUAAAUUGCAAGGAGAAUUAAUGUGCAAAGAAUUAGAUAGUUCAUCGCCAGAAACAGCGCCGCAUAAGCAUUAUGUAGGUUUUCGUUAUGUGGAUCCAUUGACUGAAAACACUUUACAAAAAAUUGAAAAAGAGUCUCCAGAAAGGGUUGUGUUAUUUUCACAAUAUCCUCAAUAUAGUUGUGCUACAUCGGGAUCCAGUUUCAAUUCGAUUUACACUCAUUACCGUAACAAUAGUACACUACCAAAAAAUAUAAAGUGGAGCGUGAUUGAUCGUUGGGGUACACAUCCACUAUUAAUUAAGACGUUUGCCGAUCGUAUUCGUCAAGAAUUAAAUAAGUUCUGUGAAACUAAGCGUAAACAUGUCGUAAUUCUUUUUACGGCCCAUUCCUUACCUUUGAAAGCAGUGAACCGAGGCGAUCCGUAUCCCUCUGAAAUUGGAGCAUCUGUACAUAUGGUAAUGCAGGAACUCGGCAAUUCUAAUCCCUACAGUUUGGCUUGGCAGUCGAAAGUGGGGCCUUUGCCUUGGCUAGCACCGGCGACUGAUGACGCUAUAAAGGGUUACGUGAAACAAGGUCUUAAAAAUUUCAUAUUGGUACCGAUUGCAUUUGUGAAUGAGCACAUAGAAACUUUACAUGAAUUGGAUAUUGAAUAUUGUGAUGAGUUAGCAAAGGAGGUCGGCGUUGAAGAAAUACGUCGUGCUGCAGCUCCCAAUGAUCAUCCGCUUUUUAUAAACGCAUUAAGCAGGAUAGUUUUGGAUCAUCUGCAUCACCAAUCGGCGGUCAAUCCAAAGUUUUUAAUGCGAUGUCCGAUGUGCACUAACCCGCGAUGUCGCGACAGUAAACGUUGGUAUGAAAAAAUCUGUGCAUAAUAGGCAAGGGACCGCUUUCAAGAAGUGCAUAUAGAAAUUAAGAUCCGGUUUUGGGAAUAAACAUUAUUGAAAGUCUUUAAAACGGCUACAAACCUA